AGGCAUGUGUGGACGAUUGUAUUGUGCAGUGGAAUUUGGUCUUUAAAUUAAACCUACGAUUCAACUUACAACAGAUCCUAGUAAAAUGGCUUUAAAAGGAAUAAAAGUGAUAGAAAUGGCAGGAUUGGCACCAGCUCCAUUUUGUGGAAUGAUUUUGUCUGAUUUUGGUGCCAGGGUUAUAAGAGUUGAUAAGGUACAUUCUGGUGGAUUUGGAGAUUAUUUAAGCCGAGGGAAAGAGUCUAUAGCCGUGGAUUUAAAACAACCUAAAGGAAGAGAAAUAGUCCAUAAAUUAUGUCUAUCAGCUGAUGUUGUUUUAGAACCAUUUAGAGCAGGAGUAAUGGAGAAGCUAGGGUUAGGACCAGAUAAAAUAAUGAAAGAGAACAAGAGAUUGAUCUAUGCUAGAUUGACAGGGUAUGGUCAGAAUGGUGCCAUGGCACAACGAGCUGGUCAUGAUAUUAAUUAUUUAGCUACAUCAGGUAUAUUAUCCUGUUUGGGUAGAAAAGAUGAAUCCCCACAGGCCCCUAUUAAUUUAUUAGCUGAUUUUGCUGGGGGAGGUAUGACAUGUGCCAUGGGUAUAAUAUUAGCCUUGUUUGAAAGGAGUAAAUCUGGACAUGGUCAAAUAGUGGACUGCAGUAUGACGGAAGGGGCAGCAUAUUUAGGUAAAUGGUUGUGGGCGUCUCGUGAAAUGUUUAUCUGGGGUAAAGAAAGAGGCGACAAUGUAUUAGAUGGGGGAGCUGCCUAUUAUAACACCUAUAAAACUAAAGACAAUAAAUAUAUGGCAGUAGGAGCUAUAGAACCACAAUUCUUCCAUCAACUAAUCCAGGGUUUAGGUUUAAAUACUAAUGAAGUGAAUCAAUUCGGUGACCAAGUGAAACUAAAAGAACAGUUUACUUCAAUAUUCGCCUCGAAAACACAAGAUGAGUGGACGAAAAUAUUUGAGAAUACUGAUGCUUGCUGUACACCAAUUUUAACAAAAGAUGAAGCCCCAUUACAUCCACAUAAUAAAGAAAACAAGACAUUCCUUAGUAAUUCUGAUAAAAAAUGGGAACCAGGACCGGCACCGAAACUAUCUAGAACACCAGGAAACAAUAAGUUAUUACCAAAUGUAAUAGGUGGUUUCAACACUGUAGAAAUUCUGAAAGAACUGGGAUAUACUUCUCCUGUUAUUGAGGGCUUAAUUGAGAAACAGACUGUGGAACAAUGUCAGGAAAGUUCUAAAUUAUGAAAAUGAUUCCACACAUGAUUUUGGUAAACAAGGGCAUUCCUGAAAGAGUUUAGCUUCCACAGCAAUUGUUGUAUUCCUUUUUUGCAUUUUAAAUAUUCGCGGUUAUAUUUCAAUCACAAAAUAACAAUCUGGUUAACAUGCAAAUCUGACUGUUUUCAGUUUAAUUUAAAGGUGACUUUCCUUGCCAUCCAUGAUCUUAUGAAAUUGUUAUGCAUCUCUUGUUCUGGGUCAUUUGAAAUUCAACCAAUCAAAUUCUCUUUUCAAUAAAAGACUACAUGACUACAUGAAAUUUCUGUGAUAUUCAUUAUUAUACUGUUGACUCGUUUAACAAUAUUUUUAAAUGGUUAACAAAAAUUAAUACAACUUUUGAUGCUAUUAAAAAUAGCAGAGAACUUUAUUUUAGAAGAAUCAAAUCAGAUCAUGGAUGAGAAGAGAAGUAAACUGCUGAAAAACAUGAAACUAAACAUCCAGAUCAGUAUUAUCAUCAGAUAGACUUAAUGGUUCAAGGGCAUUGAUUCUGCUUAUAAUUAUAUGGGAGUGAUUUUUAUGUUAUUAUUCUAGUUUUAACAUUUUUGAGGUAAGCCUAUUAGGCUGGGGUGAAUAUUGAAUUGUAUGGUAGCUUACUAAGUUAAUUGUGUGAAGGUCUAGUCCUUAAAAAUAAUUUUGCUACAACUUACUACUAAAAGUUCCAAAAUGGCAUUUAUUAAGGAAAGAAACCCGAGUCAAAAAUUAUUAUAAUAUUUCAAUGAAAGUGGCAAGUGCCUUAUUUAUAUUUUUUCUUGUUAUAUGAUUAUUAUACCUGAAUAAAAAUAUACUUUCUU